AUGCAGAAGAAGGAGCAUAGGGUCGGGAGCCUGGCAGCGUGUGCGUUCCGGUACAAUGGGCUCUCCUUUGUCUACCUCAUCUACCUCUUGCUCAUCCCCCUGUUCUCGGAACCAACAAAAGCAACGAUGCAAGGACAUACGGGCCGGUUAUUAAAGUCUCUGUGCUUCACCAGUCUUUCCUUCCUGUUGCUUCACAUCAUUUUCCACAUCACGUUGGCCAGUCUGGAAGCUCAACAUCGUAUCGGACCUGGUUACAACUGCUCAACAUGGGAAAAGACAUUUCGGCAGAUUGGCUUUGAAAGCUUAAAGGGAGCUGAUGCCGGCAAUGGGAUCAGAGUGUUUGUGCCUGAUAUCGGGAUGUUCAUUGCUAGUCUGACCAUCUGGCUCGUCUGCAGGAACAUCGUUCAGAAACCCGUGACCGAAGAAGGAGCACAGUAUAACUCGGAGUUUGAAAAUGAAGAAUUGGCCGGAGGAGAAAAAAUAGAUCCAGAAGAGGCACUGAUCUACGAAGAGGAUUUAGAUGAAGGAGACGGUGUGGAAGGCGAGGUGGAAGAGAGCACAAAGUUAAAAAUGUUCCGCAGACUCGCCUCGGUGGCCUCCAAGCUUAAGGAGUUUAUCGGCAACAUGAUAACCACUGCUGGAAAAGUUGUGGUGACCAUUUUACUCGGUUCAUCAGGUAUGAUGUUGCCGUCUUUGACCUCAUCUGUGUACUUCUUUGUAUUUUUGGGUCUGUGCACCUGGUGGUCCUGGUGCCGGACAUUUGAUCCAUUGCUGUUCAGCUGUCUCUGUGUGCUGCUGGCUAUUUUCACUGCGGGGCACUUGAUUGGACUUUAUUUAUACCAGUUCCAAUUCUUUCAAGAAGCAGUUCCACCCAAUGACUACUAUGCAAGGUUGUUUGGUAUCAAAUCAGUCAUUCAAACGGACUGUUCCAGCACGUGGAAGAUCGUAGCAAACCCAGACCUGUCAUGGUAUCACCAUGCCAACCCCAUAGUCCUGCUGGUGAUGUACUAUACGCUGGCAACUCUGAUCCGCAUCUGGCUGCAGGAACCCCUUGUGCAGGAUGACAGGACCAAAGAAGAGGACAGAACCCUGGCUUGUAGCCCCAUCCAAAUAACAGCUGAGAGGAGGCGAAGCCUGUGGUAUGCCACACAGUACCCAACGGAUGAGAGAAAACUUUUAUCCAUGACCCAAGAUGACUACAAACCAUCUGAUGGCCUGCUGGUGACCGUGAAUGGCAAUCCCGUAGACUACCACACCAUCCACCCCAGUCUCCCCGUAGAGAACGGCCCCGCCAAAGCCGACCUGUACUCCACCCCACAGUACCGGUGGGAGCCCUCUGAAGACUCCUCAGAAAAGAAAGAGGAAGAAGGAGAGGAGAAGGAAGACUUUGAGGAGGAAAGGAGCCAUGAGGAGAAACGAAGUGUUAAAGUUCAUGCCAUGGUCUCUGUGUUCCAGUUUAUUAUGAAACAAAGUUACAUCUGUGCCCUUAUUGCCAUGAUGGCUUGGAGCAUCACCUAUCACAGCUGGUUGACUUUUGUGUUGUUGAUUUGGUCAUGCACCCUUUGGAUGAUUCGCAACAGAAGAAAAUAUGCCAUGAUCAGCUCUCCUUUCAUGGUCGUCUAUGGAAAUCUGUUGCUGAUAUUACAGUAUAUAUGGAGUUUUGAACUUCCUGAAAUUAAAAAGGUCCCAGGAUUUUUAGAAAAGAAAGAGCCAGGAGAACUUGCCUCAAAGAUACUUUUCACCAUUACUUUUUGGCUACUGCUGAGGCAGCACCUCACGGAGCAAAAAGCUCUUCAAGAAAAGGAAGCUCUUUUAUCUGAGGUCAAAAUCAGAAGUCAGGAAAAUGAAGGAAAAGAUGAUGAGCAAGAGCUACAAAUGGAAGGAGAGGCUGAGGAGAAGGAGGGAGAGGAAGCAAAGGAAGAAAAGCAAGAGAGAAGGAAGGAAGAAGAAGAAGAAAUGGAAGAAGAUGACAACCAGGACAUCAUGAAAGUGCUGGGCAAUUUGGUGGUGGCCAUGUUCAUCAAGUAUUGGAUCUACGUGUGUGGAGGAAUGUUCUUCUUCGUCAGCUUCGAGGGUAAAAUUGUGAUGUACAAAAUCAUCUACAUGGUGCUGUUUCUGUUCUGUGUGGCCUUGUAUCAGGUGCACUACGAAUGGUGGAGGCGAAUCCUAAAAUAUUUUUGGAUGUCUGUGGUUAUUUACACUAUGCUGGUGCUUAUCUUUAUAUACACAUAUCAGUUUGAAAACUUCCCAGGCCUGUGGCAAAAUAUGACAGGAUUGAAAAAAGAAAAGCUCGAGGAUCUCGGCUUAAAACAGUUCACCGUAGCAGAACUAUUCACUCGCAUCUUCAUCCCAACCUCCUUUCUGUUGGUGUGCAUUUUACACCUCCACUACUUCCAUGAUCGGUUCCUGGAGCUCACGGACCUGAAGUCCAUUCCCAGCAAGGAAGACAGCGCCAUCUACAGCCAUGCCAAAGUCAAUGGGCGCGUAUAUCUAAUAAUAAAUAGACUGGCCCACCCUGAAGGAAGCCUUCCAGACCUUGCCAUGAUGAAUCUGACCGCCAGCCUGGAGAAGCCGGACUUGAAGAAGCUGGCUGAGUCUGGGGAGGACAAACCAGAGGAAUGCCCUGAAAAGGCUGAGCUUGGGAAAGACAGCGAAGAAGAGGAGGAAGGGGAGGAAGAGGAGGAGGAAGAGACAUCAGAUUUAAGAAACAAAUGGCAUCUGGUGAUUGACCGCCUCACCGUGCUCUUCUUAAAAUUCCUGGAGUAUUUUCACAAACUGCAGGUGUUCAUGUGGUGGAUUUUGGAGUUGCACAUCAUCAAAAUUGUUUCAUCGUACAUCAUCUGGGUCUCUGUGAAAGAGGUGUCACUGUUCAACUCUGUAUUUUUGAUUUCUUGGGCUUUUGCUCUGCCAUACGCCAAGCUACGCCGUCUGGCUUCAAGUGUCUGCACCGUCUGGACGUGUGUGAUCAUCGUCUGCAAAAUGUUGUACCAGCUGCAAACCAUUAAGCCUGAGAACUUUUCUGUUAACUGUUCCUUGCCAAAUGAAAACCAAACGAAUAUACCCAUCCACCAGUUGAACAAGUCUCAACUCUACAGCACUCCUAUUGACCCAACAGAAUGGGUCGGCCUGAGGAAAUCUUCCCCUCUGCUCGUCUACCUGAGGAAUAAUCUGCUGAUGCUGGCCAUUCUGGCCUUUGAGGUUACAAUUUACCGCCAUCAGGAAUACUAUCGAGGUCGAAACAACCUCAUGGCCCCUGUGUCUAAAACCAUCUUUCAUGACAUUACAAGACUCCAUCUAGAUGAUGGACUUAUUAAUUGUGCCAAAUAUUUCAUAAAUUACUUCUUCUACAAGUUUGGUCUGGAGACCUGUUUCCUAAUGUCAGUUAAUGUAAUCGGUCAGCGAAUGGAUUUCUAUGCCAUGAUUCACGCCUGCUGGCUAAUCGCUGUCUUGUAUCGGCGCAGAAGAAAGGCCAUUGCUGAGAUCUGGCCCAAGUACUGCUGCUUCCUGGCAUGCAUCAUCACCUUCCAGUAUUUCAUCUGCAUCGGCGUCCCUCCGGCUCCUUGCAGGGAUUACCCAUGGAGAUUCAAGGGUGCUAGCUUCAACGACAACAUCAUAAAGUGGCUGUACUUCCCAGACUUCAUCGUGAGGCCCAACCCCGUGUUUCUUGUCUAUGACUUCAUGCUGCUCCUGUGCGCCUCCUUGCAAAGGCAGAUCUUUGAGGAUGAAAACAAGGCUGCAGUGCGGAUCAUGGCAGGGGACAACGUGGAGAUCUGCAUGAACCUUGACGCGGCCUCCUUCAGCCAGCACAACCCCGUGCCAGAUUUCAUUCACUGCAGAUCGUACUUAGACAUGUCCAAAGUGAUCAUCUUCAGCUACCUCUUCUGGUUUGUCCUCACAAUCAUCUUCAUCACGGGGACAACCAGGAUCAGCAUCUUUUGCAUGGGUUACUUGGUGGCCUGCUUCUAUUUCCUGCUCUUUGGGGGUGAUUUGCUGCUGAAACCCAUCAGGAGCAUCCUGCGCUAUUGGGACUGGCUGAUUGCAUACAACGUUUUUGUGAUUACGAUGAAAAACAUAUUAUCAAUAGGAGCGUGUGGAUACAUUGAAAAAUUGGUUCAAAAUAGUUGCUGGUUGAUCCAAGCGUUCAGCCUGGCCUGUACAGUCAAAGGCUAUAAAAUGCCUGAUGAUGAUUCCUCAUGUAAACUCCCCAGUGGUGAAGCAGGAAUUAUUUGGGACAGCAUAUGUUUUGCCUUCCUCCUACUGCAGAGAAGAGUUUUCAUGAGUUACUAUUUCCUACAUGUUGUGGCUGAUAUAAAAGCUUCACAGAUCCUGGCAUCAAGAGGGGCUGAACUUUUCCAGGCCACAAUUGUAAAGGCCGUAAAGGCAAGAAUUGAGGAAGAGAAAAAAUCAAUGGAUCAACUGAAGAGGCAGAUGGAUCGCAUCAAAGCCAGGCAACAGAAAUACAAAAAGGGUAAGGAGAGGAUGCUGAGCUUGACCCAGGAAUCAGGGGAAGGCCAAGACAUCCAAAAACUCUCUGAAGAGGAUGACGAAAGAGAAGCAGACAAACAGAAAGCCAAGGGCAAAAAAAAGCAGUGGUGGCGGCCUUGGGUUGAUCAUGCUUCCAUGGUCAGGAGUGGAGAUUAUUAUUUGUUUGAAACGGAUAGUGAAGAGGAGGAAGAGGAAGAACUGAAAAAGGAAGAUGAAGAACCUCCGAGAAGGUCUGCUUUCCAGAGAGCUAUUGGGAAGUUUGCGUCGGCCAUUUUAGCCUUGCCAAAGUCUGUCAUUAAACUUCCCAAAACUAUUCUUCAGUAUUUAAUCAGAGCUGCAAAGUUUGUUUAUCAAGCCUGGAUCACGGACCCUAAAACAGCACUCCGACAGAGGCGCAAAGAGAAAAAAAGGUCUGCAAGAGAAGAACAGAAAAGAAGGAGAAAAGGAUCUGGGGAUGGUCCUGUGGAGUGGGAAGCCCGAGAGGAUGAACCAAUCAAAAAGAAAUCUGAUGGACCAGACAAUAUCAUCAAGAGGAUAUUUAAUAUUUUGAAAUUCACCUGGGUCCUGUUUCUGGCAACAGUGGAUAGUUUCACAACUUGGCUUAACUCCAUCUCAAGGGAGCAUAUUGACAUAUCUACGGUUCUGAGGAUUGAACGAUGCAUGCUGACCAGAGAAAUUAAAAAGGGCAACGUUCCCACCCGGGAGAGCAUCCACAUGUACUACCAGAACCACAUCAUGAACCUUUCCAGAGAGUCGGGACUGGACACCAUUGAUGACCGUCCCGGUGCGGCUUCAGGUGCACAGACAGCCCACAGGAUGGAUAGCUUAGAUUCACAUGACAGUAUCUCCAGCUGCUACACUGAAGCAACCAUGUUGUUCUCAAGGCAGUCUACCCUUGAUGAUUUAGAUGGACCAGAAACUGUUCCUAAAACAAGUGAGCGUGCUCGACCUAGGCUUCGUAAAAUGUUCAGCAUGGAUAUGUCCUCCUCAUCAGCUGACAGUGGCAGUUUAGCAUCAAGUGAGCCCACGCAGUGCACCAUGCUGUACUCGCGCCAGGGGACCACGGAAACCAUAGCGGAGGUGGAGGCCGAGCAGGAUGACGAGGCGGUGGCCAAAGACGCCGAUCAGGGAGGGGAGGAGGCCGCGGACUUGGGGCCGGUGGAGGCCUCGGAGGCCUCGGAGGCCGGCCUCACCCCAGAUGCCGAGCUGCCGCACUACUCCACCGAGGAUGGGGACGUGGAGGCGCCUCCCUCCUACAGCAAGGCGGUCAGCUUCGAGCGCCUGUCCUUCGGCUCGCGGGACGACUCUGCAGGCCAGAGCCACAUGGCCGUGAGCCCUGACGAGAGCCGCUCAGACAGGCUCGAGUCCAGCAUCUUACCGCCCCUGACUCACGAGCUGACGGCCAGCGAGCUGCUGCUGAACAAGAUGUUCCAUGAUGACGAGCUGGAAGAGUCUGAAAAAUUCUACGUUGGCCAACCCCGGUUCUUGCUGUUGUUCUAUGCCAUGUACAACACUCUGGUGGCCCGCUCAGAAAUGGUGUGUUAUUUUGUGAUCAUCCUCAACCACAUGGUCUCUGCCUCCAUGAUCACCCUUGUGCUUCCCAUUCUGAUCUUCCUCUGGGCCAUGCUGUCUGUGCCCAGGCCCAGUAGACGAUUCUGGAUGAUGGCCAUUGUCUACACAGAGGUGGCAAUUGUGGUCAAGUAUUUCUUCCAAUUUGGCUUCUUUCCCUGGAACAAGAACGUGGAAUUGAACAAAGAUAAACCUUUCCACCCACCGAAUAUCAUAGGAGUGGAGAAGAAAGAAGGCUACGUCCUUUAUGAUCUCAUUCAGCUCUUGGCUCUUUUCUUCCAUCGGUCCAUUUUGAAGCACCCCGUAAACGCCCCUGCCCAAGACCCAGACCCACUGGCACCGGAACAAGCAGAAAACUCAGAGUUUUUCCAGCCUAAGGAAAUCAUGCGACAGAUACCUCUUUUGGACCUAUUGGAAGAAAAGCUGGAUCUGGGCGAUAUCUGGGAGCUACUGCCCGAUCGCUUCCUCCGGAUGGCCGUGGGCUGCUCCGGGAAGGACACGUGCACCGACUCCGCUGACGCGGCCAGCCACGGCAGCACAAGCACCCGAAACAGCAGUCAAAAAGGAAGCAGUGUUUUGAGCAUCAAGCAGAAAAGUAAAAGGGAACUUUAUAUGGAAAAGCUUCAAGAACAUUUAAUCAAAGCAAAAGCAUUUACCAUAAAGAAGACUUUGCAAAUAUAUGUGCCCAUCAGACAGUUCUUCUACAACCUCAUCCAUCCAGACUACAGUGCUGUGACCGAUGUGUAUGUGCUCAUGUUCCUGGCUGACACUGUUGACUUUGUCAUCAUCGUCUUUGGCUUCUGGGCCUUUGGGAAACACUCAGCAGCAGCAGACAUCACCUCUUCGCUGUCAGAGGACCAGGUGCCUGGGCCUUUUUUGGUGAUGGUCCUAAUUCAGUUUGGAACCAUGGUCGUGGACCGAGCACUAUACCUCAGGAAGACCGUCCUGGGAAAGGUCAUUUUCCAGGUCAUUCUUGUGUUUGGAAUUCACUUCUGGAUGUUCUUCAUCUUGCCUGGUGUGACUGAGAGGAAAUUCAGCCAGAACCUGGUUGCUCAGCUUUGGUACUUUGUGAAAUGUGUUUACUUUGGGUUGUCUGCCUACCAAAUCCGUUGUGGCUACCCAACGCGAGUCCUUGGAAACUUCCUCACCAAGAGCUACAAUUAUGUCAACCUCUUCUUGUUUCAAGGGUUCCGCCUCGUUCCCUUUCUGACUGAGCUGAGGGCUGUGAUGGACUGGGUGUGGACAGACACGACCUUGAGCCUCUCCAGCUGGAUCUGUGUGGAGGACAUCUACGCUCACAUAUUCAUCCUGAAGUGUUGGCGGGAGUCUGAAAAAAGAUACCCGCAGCCCCGGGGGCAGAAGAAGAAGAAAGUGGUGAAGUAUGGCAUGGGAGGCAUGAUCAUCGUUCUGCUCAUCUGCAUUGUCUGGUUUCCCCUUCUCUUCAUGUCCUUGAUCAAAUCUGUGGCGGGGGUCAUCAACCAGCCCCUGGACGUCUCGGUCACAAUCACCCUGGGAGGGUACCAGCCUAUUUUCACAAUGAGUGCACAGCAAAGCCAGUUGAAAGUUAUGGAUCAGCCCAAGUUUAAUAAAUUUAUGAAAGCUUUUUCUAGGGACACUGGUGCUAUGCAAUUUCUGGAAAAUUAUGAAAAAGAAGACAUAACUGUAGCAGAACUGGAAGGAAACUCAAAUUCUUUGUGGACCAUCAGCCCUCCCAGUAAGCAGAAAAUGAUAAGCGAACUCAUGGACCCCAAUAGUAGCUUCUCUGUUGUUUUUUCAUGGAGUAUUCAGAGAAACAUGAGUUUGGGUGCAAAGGCAGAAAUUGCAACCGAUAAGCUUUCUUUUCCUCUUAAAAAUACCACACGAGAACAUAUAGCUAAAAUGAUAGCCGGCAACAACACGGAAAGUUCAAGAACACCGGUGACUAUAGAAAAGAUCUACCCAUAUUACGUGAAAGCACCUAGUGAUUCGAAUUCAAAACCUAUAAAGCAACUUUUGUCUGAAAAUAACUUCAUGAAUAUCACCAUCAUUUUGUCCAGAGACAAUACAACUAAAUCUAACAGUGAGUGGUGGGUUCUCAACCUGACUGGAAACAGAAUAUACAAUCAGCACGCUCAGGCCUUGGAACUGGUGGUCUUCAAUGACAAAGUCAGCCCGCCCAGUCUGGGGUUCCUGGCUGGCUAUGGUAUCAUGGGAUUGUAUGCUUCGGUUGUCCUUGUGAUUGGGAAGUUUGUCCGUGAAUUCUUCAGUGGGAUUUCUCACUCCAUCAUGUUUGAAGAGCUUCCAAAUGUGGACCGAAUUCUGAAGUUGUGCACAGAUAUUUUUUUAGUUCGAGAGACAGGGGAGCUGGAACUCGAGGAAGAUCUCUAUGCCAAAUUAAUAUUCCUGUACCGCUCACCAGAAACCAUGAUCAAAUGGACUAGAGAAAAAACAAAUUGA